AUGUCUUCCGAUCAAGAUGCGGGUCACCGCAAGCGGCGUCGCUCAACCUCUCGCGGCCCACUGGACCCAUCGUCUCCGUGGGGCACAACGUUUGGCGCGAGCGAUGGUGGAGACAGCGCGCCGGAACGAGCUUCCUCAAUUCCUCCCAGCUCGCUUCCGACGUCGAGUCCUCCGGGCGCUAUGUCCGACUUUACCGGCGAUGAUGAGCAGAGUGUUGUUGAUGAUGCUGUUGCAGAUCUUGACGAGGGCGCGGACGAUGACGAAGGCGAAGACUUAUUCGGCGAUUCCAUGGAAGCUGACUAUACCGAGAACCCUGAGUUAGACCAGUACGAGAAUGUGCUAAUCAACGACGAGGAUGUUGGCGCGAUAGAUACGGAAGCGCGGCAGCUCGCCGAGCUCCGCAUGGCGCGCCGCGACAGGGCCGAAGGCAAAGGGCGCAUAUCGCGACGUGCGCCCGACUUUUUGCAGAGCGACGACGCCAGUGACGACGGGAUUCUUCCACGCCGGCGGCGUCGGCACUAUGACGAGGCAGUCGAUGAUGAAGCUAUGGCUGAUGCAAUUCCUCUCGAGCAGCUUGGCGAUGUCAAGGCCGACAGCAUUGCGAGUUGGGUCGCUACGGAGAAUGUACGCCGCACGAUUGUGCGCGAGUUUCGCAAUUUUUUGGUGACCUACAUCGACGACCAGGGUGUGAGUGUGUACGGCCAGCGGAUCAAAACGCUCGGUGAGCUGAACCUGGAGUCGCUCGAGAUUUCGUUCCUCCAGCUGGUCGACGCAAAAGCGAUUCUAGCCUACUUUCUCGCCAACUCUCCUGCGAGUAUUUUGCCCAUUUUUGACGAGGUCGCGUUCGACGUCGUGCUGCUCUACUACCCCAGUUACGACCGAAUCCACCCCGAGAUCCACGUGCGUGUUGCUGAUCUGCCCACUUCGUAUUCACUGCGCGAUCUCCGGCAGAGCAAUCUAAACUCGCUUGUGCGUGUGAGCGGUGUAGUGACGCGGCGCUCGGGCGUCUUUCCCCAGCUCAAGUACGUCAAGUUUGACUGCCUCAACUGCGGCGAAGUGCUUGGCCCCUUUUACCAGGACGCGACCCAGGAGGUGAAGAUCAGCUACUGUAGUAAUUGCGGCCGGCGCGGGCCUUUUCGAGUGAACUCGGAGCAGACUGUGUACCGCAACUACCAGAAAAUGACGCUGCAAGAGUCGCCAGGGACUGUGCCGGCGGGCCGUCUCCCUAGGCACCGCGAAGUUGUCCUGCUCUGGGAUCUGGUCGAUGCAGUCAAGCCCGGCGAGGAAAUUGAGGUCACUGGCAUUUACCGCAACAAUUUCGACGCAGCGCUGAAUACCAAGAAUGGCUUUCCCGUCUUUGCGACGAUCUUGGAAGCGAAUCAUAUUGCAAAACGCGACGAUGCUUUUGCCGCAUUCCGCCUCACCGAAGACGACGAAGCAGCCAUCCGCGCACUCGCACGCGACGACCGCAUCGGAAAACGCAUCGUAAAAAGCAUUGCGCCGAGCAUUUACGGCCAUCCCACAAUCAAGACGUCGCUUGCAUUAAGCUUGUUUGGCGGUGUAGGCAAAGACGUGGGCGGAAAGCACAGGAUCCGUGGCGAUAUCAACGUCCUCCUCCUCGGUGAUCCCGGCACGGCCAAAUCGCAGUUUUUGAAAUACGUAGAAAAAACGGCGAGCCGGGCGGUGUUCACUACGGGCCAAGGCGCAUCUGCCGUGGGUCUUACGGCAAGUGUGCGCCGCGAUCCUGUUACUAGGGAAUGGACGCUGGAAGGCGGUGCGUUGGUCCUAGCGGACAAAGGCGUGUGCCUCAUUGACGAGUUUGACAAGAUGAACGACGCGGACCGCACUUCUAUCCACGAGGCGAUGGAGCAGCAAAGCAUCUCGAUCAGCAAGGCAGGAAUUGUCACGACACUGCAGGCGCGAUGCGCGAUUGCCGCUGCUGCGAAUCCCAUCCGCGGGCGGUACAAUCCCACGCUGCCGUUCAGCCAAAAUGUGGAGCUCUCGGAGCCCAUCUUGAGUCGAUUUGAUGUCCUGUGUGUUGUGAAAGACAUUGUCGACCCCGUGCAGGACGAAAUGCUCGCGCGGUUCGUUGUCAGCUCGCAUUUGCGCGCGCAUCCCCUAUUUGAUCCUGAGGUUGACGAGGCGCGCGCAGCAACGACGUGGGACGCAGACAUUAUUCCGCAGGAUAUGUUGCGCAAGUACAUUACUUAUGCGCGGGAUCGCAUUCAUCCACGGCUUGAUUCUCUGGACGAGGAUCGACUCACACGUUUGUACGUGGAUUUACGGCGCGAGAGCAUGAAUACGGGUUCGUAUCCUAUCACUGUGCGUCAUCUUGAGAGCAUGAUUCGUAUGGCGGAAGCAAGUGCAAAGAUGCAUUUGCGUGACUACGUCCGUACGGACGAUAUCGAUGUGGCAAUCCGCACCAUGGUCGAGAGCUUUGUGAACGCGCAGAAAAUGAGCGUGAAGCGUGCACUGGAGCGUGGAUUCCGCAAGUAUAUUCACAAAGCGCGCGAUCGCGACGAGCUGCUUGCGUUCCUGCUCGGCGGGAUCGUCAAGGACCGCAUGCGGUUCAACCAGUACGGCAGCAGACGGCGUGCAGACACGCCCACGACCAUCACUGUGCCGCUGCCCGAGUUUGAGAAGCGCGCGCGGGAGCUCGACAUUUUCGAUGUGCGCCCGUUUUUGCUGAGCCGUGUAUUCAAGUCGAAUGGGUACAUCUGGGCCGAGGCCGAGGAGACGAUCACGAAACGAUUCGGAGUGUCCGACUAG